AAAUUAAUGGUUUUGGUAUUUAUUUCGUGCUUUUUUAUGUAGCAUAAGAUGACUUAUAUAUGAAAAAACUUGAUACUCAUGCAAUCCAACCAACCCACGGCAAGUGAAAUACGGAAUGACCGCCUCUAGUCAAGCCCUUCAAGGUCGUUGAAACGAAAGGCCGGGUACAUUUCAAAAGGACCUAACGUUUAAACCUUGCCGUGAGGUUUGUUUUGCGUUCGCCAGUUUAUUUUAAUGGUAUGGUAUUUUUCUGUCCCCAAGAUUUCAUCAGAUAAAAUUCUAUACACUUGUGGGAGGUUCGGUAGAAGAUGGGGCGGAGUUUCGCCCAGACCUUCUUUACUUGCAGCGCUUGCCUGAUAUUUUACGCAAUAUUUAGCUCAGUAUUUAUGCUCAUUGACCAUAUUAAAGGGUUUAGUAGGUCACUGAUUGUGUUGAAUGGUAUUGCAGUUUUAAUGUACGCUUAUGUUGUGAUCCCAAUUCAUAACUCUGGUUUUAAUUUAUAGUAAUCCUUGAAGAACAGUCGUCGCCAAUAAUUGCUAAUUAUUGUAUAUUUUUCUAUUGCUUAGAAAUGACUGAUUCCGGAAUUCUAAGCUUCAAGACGCCUGAGGAAAUGCAUGAAUACAUGAAAAAUAUCGGAUUGGGUUUUGAAUAUAGUUGUAUACGUGAAAACAAUCCCGUCAGUUGUCAUUCAUGGGCACUAUGGUUCAGUAAUUAUAAAAGGCUAGUUACCAACGGUGCAGACAUUCUCAAAGCAAACUGCUUCAAGCGUAAUUAUGGAGACAGUUGCUAUCAAUAUGGGUCAUUAAAAGUCGUUGGCGAUAAAGGCGUAUUGAGAGAUUCAUUUGAGGCUUUCCGUGCAUUCGAACAUGGUUGUAAGGCAGGGAAACAAGGGAAAUGUUGCCAAGUAUGUCAAAAGUUUUGUCUAUGAGUUUUAAAGCCAAAUAUUUAAUAUUUCUCUGUUUAAUAUGCAUUAUCAUUCAGAUGACAGAACACUGUCCUCAAAGACAAAGUUAUCUCGCUACAUUAUCCGACAACAAUGGGGCGGCAAUCUUGAGUUCUUAUUUCUUAGUUGUUAUGGAUUGUCAAGAUGUUUAUGUUUCAGUUUAUAGAUAGUCGUGAUCUUGUCGCUUGAGUUAUGAUUAAAUUUUUGAUGUGGUAACUGGUUUUGUCUUUCCCAGGAUUCGAGGCUUCCAAAUUCCUUAUGAUUUUUAUAUUACACUAAUAUGUUUUUUGAAUCGUGUCUUUGAUGUUUAAUCUCUCCCAUUUCCACUGAUACUAUUACUACUUGUACUAUGGGAUUUGGCCUUAUAAUUUCUUCUCUGUAUCAAUGGGUUGUAGUAGCUCGAACUGAUAUACAUAUGUGCCAGUUUCUACAUUGCGACUCUGACUACUACUUACUAAAUAUAUUUAUGCACGAGUCUUAUACCCUAGGCAAUCUUCCCUCUCGUUCAUUGUUAUUGAAUUCAUAGUCGGGAGCUAUUAGCUUAGUACGCAAACGUGGUUUUGGUUGUUGUGUACAGAACCAUUGCAUAUUUUUUAGUAUCACUAUAGCCGUUAAUGACAACCUUGCACUUAAUACCCCCCCUUUAUAUAAAUAUACAUACGGAUUUCGACUUAUCCAACGAGCACGGCAUUAGUCAUAUUUAGACUAUUUGUUAUUCAUCAGUCCCGAAUUCCUUUUCCUCGAUAAAAUAAACGGGAGUUAUAUAUUCUUUACUCCUUUAAUGAUUUUUGUAGUUCAGUAGCAGGAAAAAGUUCAUCACAAUAAACGUCUGACUGGCGUAUGUGAUCUUUGAUAGUUUUAAAUUUGACAGUUUGUUAAUGGCUCCAGGCUUAGUCACUUGACAUGAUAACUGCCUCUCUUAUUAUUGCAGAUGAAUUGUGGAUAGAUAUUUUAGUUUAUUUAAACACCAAUAUUGGUGCAAGGAAGCAUCGAAUAUAUAUACAACACACAAAUCAUUCGAUUUCUGUGAGGGUUGAGAAACUGCCUAGUUACUCAGACCGAUGCAGGUGGUUUCCUUGGGGAACCACCCCCUUGACCUUGAGGUCUAAUCAAUAAGGCAGUGAAGCAACGUCAGGAGAUGCAGUUCCAUGGCAGCCGAUGAUCAACAAAAGGUUUAUACGCCACUUGUUUCCUCAGGAUCCUGGAGCCCAUGUUCACCACUGGUUUGGAAUCAGGAUGUUCCGACUCCUAGGUGGGUCCUCUGUAUCCACCAACCCGGUUAAAGCGCUGGACAUUCGCUUUUCGUCCUUAGUUUCGUAAACCACGUCCCCGUCUCAAGAAGGCAUUAAGACUUCCCUGGCAGUGGCUGUAUGCAUGUGGCUAUGUGAGAGCAUUUCGAGAGGGAGAGUGAACUCUCCUCAGGCAAACUAAACAAGGCGAAAUGAUGUGCAAUCGAGAAGGUGAGUGAGCUAACUUGAUUUAAUCAAGCGUGACUCAAUAUUUAUAGUCAGGCCAAAAAUAAGUUACAGACACGUAAUGAAUAGGAUAAAAAAUUAACACACAUACGUUCAUAUGAAAAUAAUUAGGGUUAAUGAGGGAAUAGGUGAUAAAGUUGAAAUCUAGCUUGAAAAGAAUGAAUAAAUUGAUCUGUCCAUAAGUUAAAAUAACCAAUGUAGGCUUGGCGUAGUAUUAGCUACUACAAUAUUGGUAAAAGCAUCUAUCUGAGCUGCAAAUCUUUUCCAGCAUUUUUCUAAACAAACAUUUUAUUAUUUUUACUCCAUCAGUCUUUAAUGGUUCCCGUAGUUUUGAUAAAUUCACUUCCUGUAACACAAAUUUCUGCCUUCUAUGCACUUUUUAUGACACAGGCUGCUGGACGUCUAGUUGCUGAUGGUAUAGCUAGCCAUGCACCAAAUUUAUCUGUUGCAAUGUCACUAUUCGAAUUAGGUUGCCAAAAUAGAGUGCCAGAGAGUUGUUUUCAUCUUGGUGGUGCAGCAAUGGUAUUAGCUAAAGAAAAUGACAAAUCAACUAAUUCAGAAAAAUCUCCUAAUCCUACUGGUAGUAACGAUAGUAGUCGUCUACGUGUUGAAGCAUUCAAAGCAUGGAUGGAAGGUUGUAAAUUGGGCCAUGAAUUCUGUUGUCGUAAUAUUGCAAAAAUGUACUCCAAUGGUGAUGGUGUUGAGAUGGAUGAAUUGAAAGCAAAAGAUUUCCUAUUAAAAGCUGACCAAUUGGCGACACAUAACAACGUGACACAUACUUCUACUACUAAUACUGCUGUGAAUAAAACCGGUACAUGAUCAUUUGUAUAAUAAUAAUCAUAAUCAUUUUUGUACUUAUCUCCCUCACCCUCACUAAAACAAUUAGAAUAAAUUUUAGAUUAAUUGACUGCUUUUUUCCAUUUUAUACUUGGUUAGAUGACGAGAUUUUUUAUUUUAAAAGUCAAUUGAAUUACCACACUUUCAGUGGGAUAGGGAAUAGCUUUUCUCUUAGUUAUUCUAGAUAUCUCGUUACAGGAGUGCUCAAUUAUAUAGAUCAUUGAGGUAUAAUCUAAUACUUAGCUUAUCUGUCGAAACUUGCAUUGGUCCUCAGAUAUUGAUUUGUGGUGACUACGAUUAUCGGUUUUAAUAAAUGUUGGACAAAGUUUUUAAGUUAUAGAUAAGACUGAUUAGCGAGCAUAUUUAAAUACAGGUUGUGGUGUGUGCCACUUAUAUUGACAUAAGUAGUAGAUGGUCGUAGUCGUGAACAGAAUGUCUGGCAGCAGAGAGACAAGAGGAUCGAAUAGUAAAGAAUGGAAACAGAAUGCAAUUUGUAUGAAGAUGCAAGAACAAUGAAGUCUGAGUCAUUUUAAGACAAUUGGUGAACAUUUUGUAAAUUAAGCAUUUACUAUUUGAUUCUAUUAACAAGUCAUGUAAUUCUCUGUCAGGCACUUUCGUUUGUCCCCACCUGUGUUCUGUUCACUACAAGGUUAGUGAUGUGAUAAAUAAAGAGAGAGGAAGAAAAGACAUUAAUAUCUGAACAUAAUUUUAAUCUGUGAACUAGACGAUAUAACUUUUUACUUGUUGAUUAUGUAUUUCUACUUAAAACGCGUAAAAUCUGGCACGGCUGGACACUGAAAACAGUAUGCGUAACAUAAAACUCUUGUGGGCUGGGAUACUUCCUAGGCGUUCAAACCGAAAUAAUCUACUUCCUUAGAGAGCCACUCUCCGAGCCUUUGAUCUGGAGGUUUAAUCCUUAGGGCAUUUAAGCAAAAUUCCCCCAGCAUUCUGGAGCUCGUGUACACCAUGGAUCCUUCGUAUUUGUCAGCCCAGUGUGAAUCCCUGACGUUCGCUCUUCAUCCUCUUGAAAUCUCAAACAUCAUAUCCGCCGCAUUAGUAGGACUCCUUUAUCAAGGGCUAUAAACGCAUAGUUGUAUGACAGUACUUCGAGAGGGAAAGAUGGUUCUUUCCACCGUUGGCGGUAUCAGGUAUUUGUGCACCGUUAAUAAUGACUGCAAUUUGAAAACAACCAAGCUAGCAUUUCUUCGUUCAUGCAAUUCUAAUACAUGACAAUCAAUCCUGACCCCUUUGCUCCUAUAUAUAUCCAGUAGUCAAUCUCAAUUCUAAUGGCUUGAGUGUUUAAGUUAUAAUAUCUGUCCGUAAUUGUGCAAAUAAUUAGAUAAACUGAUUGCAUUCAAUCUACUUAUUAGAGCAACUGCAUUUUUUUACUAUUUGGAACAGUUAUUUUUAACUCUACUGUAUCCGUUAAGCAUCAAUUGUAUUUUAACAGUUCUUAUUUCAAUAAUGUCUACUAUUGUUAGCAGAAUAUAGAUUGGGCUAAAGCAUGUUCCGUGCAAGAUUAUGUUGGUGCACUCUGAUUGGCUAAUUGUUAUAGCCCAAAACCGCCCAGCCAAUUAAGUCCAGAACACCAAUCCGAGCCUCUGCGAUAUGAAUCAUUAUAUUUUAAACAUACUGAGUUUAUAUACCAACCAACCACAUCGUACCAUAAAAUAAGAAACAAAAUUUGUACAAGAUUUAGCCAAAUGUGGCUGUGAAUGUGGGAGGUAGUAAUUAAUAGACAGGGCAUAAUUCAAGAAUGGUAAAUCGUAUAAUAAUAGUUUAUGGGUCAGACUAAAGCUCAUGAUAAAAGAGACAUGAAUAUGAACAGUUUAGUCACUUAACAGUUAUACAAUAAAAAUAUGCACAUAGUACCGUUCCAUAAAUGGAUCCCGAAAGUUACCAUUCAUUAUGUUUAUCGGGACCUAACAUUACUUAUCCAAUCAGCGCUAGUGAGUACUUAGAGAAGACUCUAGAAUCUUCUCAUGUAAAAACUAUAAAUAUACUAACAUUUUUCUCAUUAUGCUUCCUACUUCCAUCUAACCUUGUUAUUUAGAAUAUAAUUUCGUUCGUGUUCAACAACCGUGUUCUGAUUUGGGUACUUGUCGAGUGAAAUAUUGUCCAAGAAUACUAAGCAAUAGGAAUA